AAAACAUUACAGACCAAUGUACACAGAUUGGGAUCAGUCAUCGAUGAUAAGAAACAAAAAUCUUAUCUUUUUUUAAAGCUAUAGAUAUCAACAUAUGUUCAGAAACUGACUGAACCAUGCCCACUGAUACAGACAGUCAUCAUAAGAAGAAAUAAAACGUCACAAGAUACCCUGGGACAUGCACUCACAAGGGAUACUGUGGAUUGACUCAACAUGGUGCAUAUAGAGGAUUUUCAUGUGUGGUAGUUAACACUCGUGAAGAACAGUCUCACUGAGAAAAAGGAACGAAAUGGCAGAGUUGGAGUGUUCAUCCAACCCUGUCAUUCAUACAAGCAAUCUUUCACAUUCCAAUGGCUGUGAGAAUGAUGAACACUUCAUUCGGACAGGCACAUUUUGGACUGCAACAGCUCAUAUUGUCACAGCAGUGAUAGGAGCUGGAGUUUUAUCAUUGGCAUGGAGUGUUGCACAGUUGGGAUGGAUUGCUGGCCCUACAAUCAUGAUUAUUUUUGCUGUCAUAACAUACUAUUCCUCUUGCUUGUUAGCAGAUUGUUACAAGUUUCCUGAUCCAGUCACUGGACCCAACAGAAACCCUAGAUAUAGGGAUGCUGUCAGACUGUAUCUGGGUACAAAGAAAGCAUGGAUGUGUGGCCUAGUCCAAUAUGUGUCCUUGUAUGGAAUAGGCAUUGCUUAUACAAUCACCACUUCAAUAAGCAUAAGAGCAAUCAAGCAAUCAGAUUGCUAUCACAAAAAUGGACAUGCCUAUCAUUGCCACUUCUCAGAGAACACCAUCAUGAUCCUUUUUGGAUUGACUCAAGUCAUCUUAUCUCAAAUACCAAACUUUCACAAUGUUUGGGGAUUAUCUAUAGUUGCAGCCAUAAUGUCAUUUACCUAUGCAUCAAUUGGAGCGGGUCUUGGAAUUGGAAAAGUAGUUGAAAAUGGAAAGUUUAGGGGGAGUAUUGGUGGAAUUAGCACAAGUCCUAUCACGUCCACAUCACGAAAAGUUUGGCUGGUCCUCCAAGCCAUUGGUGACAUUGCAUUUUCAUAUCCAUACUCUGUGCUUGUCAUAGAAAUUGAGGACACUUUGAAAUCAAAACCUCCAGAAAACAAAACUAUGAAGAAGGCAUCCCUGCUUGUUGUAACCACAACAACUCUAUUCUACAUGCUCUGUAGUUUCUUUGGGUAUGCAGCCUUUGGGGAUGAUACACCUGGAAACCUCUUGACAGGUUUUGGUUUCUAUGAGCCUUAUUGGCUGGUUGACUUUGCUAAUGCAUGCAUAGUGGUUCAUCUGGUGGGAGCAUACCAAGUAUUCUGCCAGCCCCUAUUUGCUUUUAUUGAAGAUUGGUUUUUGAAUAAGUGGCCAAAUAAUGCAAUCCUCCAUUAUGAGUGGGACAUACCCAUUCCCCUGCUUGGGUUGUAUAAUGCAAAAUUGUUCAGGUUGUUGUGGAGAACAGCAUUCGUGAUCACAACUACUGUUAUUGCCAUUUUAUUUCCAUUCUUCAAUCAGGUUCUUGGACUUUUGGGUGCUAUUAAUUUUUGGCCAUUGGCAGUGUACUUUCCAAUAGGGAUGUACAUUGUACACAACAAAGUCCAGAUGUGGUCAGUUGACUGGGUUCUUUUGCAAGCUUUCAGCUUUGUUUGUCUUCUCAUUUCACUGGCAUGUGCUGUUGGAUCCAUGGAAGGCCUUGUGAAAGGUUAACAGACAUAGGAGUUCUUUAAAACCGCCAUCAUGAAUGCAGAUUCCAGUGUAUAGCAAAUUCCUUCAAAGAUUAUUAUUCCUAACUGUAAAACAAAUGUAUUGUAUUAGCAAGAAAUUGAAUCUGGUUAGUUCUCUUAAAAGCUCAAAUAGAUGUAAAUCCUAUUACAUGAAAAAUGCAGAAAUGUGCUUGUAUAUGUAACUUUGCUGAGGCAUAAUAUAUAAUUGCCAUGAUAAACUUUGUUUUCGUCCCUACCUUCCUGAAGUUUUGUUUAAUA